GAAAACAAGACCUUGAGGGGGAGCGUUAAAAAACACAUCCGUUUGUUUGCUGGCUCAGAAAGUAGCAUUACUCCAAUGGAUACUGAGCCUCUCCCGGCAGCCACUGAGAGGGAAAACAGAAAUGUGAACAUCCAACAGAGAAUAGAGAACUGACAACAGAAAUACAGAUGUUAAACCAGGAAAUCUACGCAGAUCACUCAAAUCACAACCACUUUCUGCAGACUUAACAAAGAAGUUUUCAAGCCCAGCAUCAACCAAUGAAAUUAAACCUGAGAAACCUACUGAAUUGAAUAGUGAUGUUACUAGUGAAACACAAGAAAAUCAAAAGAUUAAGGAGAUGAACCCUCCUCCUGGAACAGAUUGUAGUGAGACCUGUGCUAUUGGGAAUCAGUGGAAACCACGACAGACAGUACAAAUAUCGGAGAAAGCUGGUCAGAUCGAAAGAAAAGGAAGUUUUCUGAAAGAGAGGCAAAAUUUAUCUUUGCAGAGUGAAAACUCUGUGUCAGCCAAAAAUAACUUUGAAAAAAAAUUGAAACCCACCACUCCUGCAGAAAAUGCACAUUUAAAAACUGUCCGAGCCACCAUGUUUGACCACAAUGUCCAGAGGCAUAAUGUUGCUGCUGGUCACCCUGUAAUUGAUCCUACACGAAAGCUGACUAAUGAAUUUGAAGGCAAAUAUGAUGUUGUGACUUUGCUAAGCCAUAACAGAAGAUCUGGGAUGGAAAAAAAAUUACAGGAGAAAACUAGUUCAAAGAGAGAGUGUCACAGUCAGUCUGAUUUAUCAGGAUAUGUAGCAGAUGCAGAAAAAUGUGGAAAAACAAUUUAUCUAAAUGAAGGCAAGAAAAUUUCUCAUGCAGUUCCAGUGGAAAAACAUUCUUCAUCUGAGAAAUGUGAAAAACCCACUCCUAAGCAUGUAGAGGACUCUCUAAUUUACCAUCGAAUAGAGCCAAGAUAUGAAAUCCUUCAGACUUUUGGUGAAAGAGCACUUAGUGAAGCUAUUGCAGUAGUACCUGAAGAUAAGGCUGUGACACUCAGAACUAGAAAAUCUUCUGUGAAAGAGAAGAGAAAACCUGAUGGGAAUGUCUUACAUCCUGAUCAGCUGUGUGGGCUAGAUAAUAAAACUGACCCCUUGAAAGAAGGUAGUUUUAUUUCAGACACUAAAGACAUGUUGGACACUUCUACAAAAAAGUUUACUUUUAGAGAACCUAAAGAUGUCUUCCACAGCAAAUGUACUUUCCAUGAACAGAUAACAGAGUCCAAUAAAAAUCAGAGUGAACAGGUAUUUAUAACUGAGAAAUCAUCUUAUGCUACAAACAAAAGUAAGGAUUUAGGGAUAGCAAAUGAAAAAAUGAUACAACUGCAUCCUGAAAUGCAAAGAGAAAAGAAUAUCUCUUGCAUAGAUAAAACAGAGUUUUCUAAUGUGACCAAAUACUUUUCUGAGAGAGCUGGUAUAAAACCAGUUAGGACAGAUGGCUAUGAAUCCAGAGCUGACUUAGGUCAAGAUGUUAUUCAACCAGUGCCAAUAAACAUGGGAGUCAUAUUUCAGUGCCUGGGAAAUAGCCAAUUGUAUAAACCCUCCAUGGACCCGCAUCCUAGCACAGAAGUAAUAACUGCUGAUAAAGAGAAAUCCAGAGUCUUUGGAUUAAGGAAAUAUGCAGACUCAAUUUGUGUAAGAAAAGAUUUAGGGUUAGAUGUUGCAGCCCUUGAAAUGAAAGAGACAAACUCAGAUUAGUAGAACCAGAAGAAAAAGUCAGAAGAACUAGUAGUAGUGUUUCUGACCUUAAAAUUUCAGAAAGGUGGCGAAGGAAGAACCUUGCCUCAGGACUCUAGCAAGCGAGAAGGAGUUAUCCCACUAACUCAAGAAAGUGUCAAAAGGCUGAGUAGAACAGAUUCUUUGCAAUUUGAUGAGGUGCAAUAAAGAAGAAAAGUAAAA